AUGCAGCUCACCACCCUCUUCGUCGCUGCGCUCAGCGCCGCUACCGCCACUGCGACACCCUCAUGGAUGGGAGGCGACCAGGUCGCCAUCAAGGCCGAGUACAAGGUGCCCGGCGACAAUCCGCUGUACUUCUGCGGCGACCCAGCCGACGACAUCUUGAAGAUUGAAAAGGUCGACCUAAGCCCCAACCCACCGGUUCCUGGCCAGUCGCUCUCGAUCAAGGCAACGGGUGACUUCAAGGAGGAGGUCGGCGAGGGCUUCAAGAUGCACCUCCAAGUCAAGUACGGACUCAUUACGCUCAUCAACCAGAAUGCCGACGGGUGCGACACGAUCAAGAAGGGCGAUCUCGACUGCCCGCUCGAGAAGGGUGAGAUGAGCUUGACCAAGGAUGUUGAUCUGCCCAGGGAGAUUCCUCCGGGCACCUACACCGUCCUCGCAGAUGUAUUUACUGCCGACGGCGACAAGAUCACCUGCCUCACUGCCAAGAUCGCUUUCCACCGGUAA